UUGAUCUGUUAUCUAACAGUAAAGAGAUGAGCGAAACAGUGUCUGUAUCCUCUUCAGCUCUUUCAUUUGUAUAUCUUAUUAUUUACUGGGGAUUUCUCUAUUCAAAUUUCGCGAAUGCACGAGGUUUUGAUUCUUUAUUGCAGCAACUCCCGCAACUGGGAGCUUUCAGAAAUAUUUUUGAAUCAAAAAUAGUUCUUAAUGUUAAGGAUUAUGGUGCAAAGGGGGACGGCAUUAAAGACGACACUAAGGUCUUUGCAGAGGUUUGGGACAUGGCAUGUUCUUCAAAGGUAAAACAAGCAAGAAUCAUAAUUCCUGAUGGAAGUCAUUGUCUUGUUCGACCAAUUAGUCUGGCAGGCCCUUGCAUCUCGAAAAUAACUUUGAUGAUCUCUGGUUCGAUUGUUGCUCCAAGUAAUCCUGAUGUUUGGCAUGGAAAUGAUACACAUAAGUGGCUAUAUUUCCAUGGUGUGGAUCACCUCACUGUAGAAGGAGGAACCAUUGAUGGGAUGGGAAAAGAAUGGUGGAAUAGUUCAUGCAAGAUCGACCCAAAAAAUCCUUGCAGACACGCUCCAACGGCUAUAACCUUUCACAGAUGCAACAAUUUGGUGGUCAAGAAUCUAAUGAUUAUAAAUGGCCAACAAAUGCACAUAGCAUUCACUACAUGCGAUGGGGUCGCCGUAUCAAGAUUGGGAGUUUUUGCUCCUUCUGGCAGCCCUAAUACAGAUGGUAUCCAUAUAAGUGCAUCCACAAAUGUUGAAGUGAAAGACAGUACUGUUGGAACAGGCGAUGACUGCAUAUCUAUAGUCAGCAAUUCCUCAAAAGUUAAGAUUAGGAACAUUGUCUGUGGUCCUGGCCAUGGAAUAAGCAUCGGAAGCUUGGGAAAGUCAGGCUCCUGUGAUCAAGUGUCUGAUGUGAGUGUUCGUGGGGCAUUUCUGUCCAACACCGAAAAUGGACUCAGGAUCAAAACAUGGCAGGGAGGCAGCGGUUUUGUUAGCAAUGUCAAAUUUGAGGAUGUGUUGAUGGAAAAUGUAUCGAAUCCAAUCAUAAUCGAUCAAUAUUAUUGUGAUUCAAGCAAGGCAUGUCCAAACAAGACCUGUGCUGUUAAUGUGGAGAACAUAUCCUAUGUGAAUAUAAAAGGAACUUCAGCUUCCCAGGAAGCCAUAAAUUUUGCUUGUAGUGAUGUUGCCCCCUGUGAGGGGCUAUAUUUAGAAGAUGUUCAACUUGUGUCAGCCACUGGGGGCAUCACAACUUCAUUUUGCUGGGAAGCCAGGGGAUCAACUUCAGGCACUGUAUACCCCCCUCCUUGCUACUCACCUUGUUCAAGCUUCAUUAACCAGGUUACUUCAUCCAUCCCUCAUCUUCAAGCCAUUUAAUCUAUCAUUUGUCAAGGUAUGUAUAUCAGACUUGGGAUCGUGUGAGACCAAACUGUGUUUUCAUGAGACCUGUGAGACCAACUACUUAACAUUAACUUUCACAGCAAAACACUGUGAAAGGUUCGAAGUUUUUCUUUACCUUCACAAUGUUUUACUGCGAAGUUUCAGAUUUUCAGUACUAUUUUGUGGUCUCAUGAUAACAGGUUGGUGUCACGUAAGCCCAACCCAUGUAUAUCAUCCCCCCUAAAUCAAUGUUAUGUCAACUUGUACAUCGUGCAUUGAAAGUUGUACAUUCCCUUGAUCUACCAUUUUCGAAAGAAAGAUGCUUGAUUGUUAAAAACCUAAAUG